AUGGCUGUUGACUUUAAAUCGGACGACUCCGAGUCCCACACCUGCAGUAAGUGCGGUAGACGUUUCAGCCUGGCCCACCACUUCAAGAGGCACGUCCAGACGUGUACCUCCGCCAAGACGUGUCGCUCCGCCAAGACGAAGACGCGCCGCACCUUUGGUUCAUUCCCCUGUAAGACGUGCGGAAAAGUCUUCAGCCGCUCCGAUUGGUUGAGACGACAUCAGGAGGUGCACAGCAAGGAGCGCCCGUUCAAGUGUAAGCUGUGUUCCGCAUCGUACAAGCGUCGGGACGCGUUACAGCGGCACGAGCUCAUACAACACACCUGGCCGGAUGAACAGGUGAAGAAGUCAGCGGCCAGCGAGGCCAGGUGUGUAAAGUGUGGUAAGGUGUACAUGGCAGGUGAGAUCCCGCGGCACAUGGCAAUGUGUCACUCUGUUGAGGAGAAAGCAGAGAACAACCACGGCCAAACCUUCUCGAAAACAAAAUUAAUGUCACAGAGAAGAAAAGUGCAGAUCUAG